CCCUCGAAAAGACUCGACAACCCUGUCACUUACCGUCAGCUGUUCGCACUCCGUUUUUGUUUACCAUUUUGGUUUCGAGCUGCUGCUUUUAUAUAACAUUUAGCGAAUAACAAGUGUUUACUGGCGAAAUGGCGCUGUUCGAGAUGAAGUGGCUGCGUCGCAUGGUGCGACGCCACACGAAUCCCAUUCCGGAGCACCGGGCGGAGAUGUGGAAGCGGCGAUUGAGCAUCGGCUACGCCAUCCUGGCCUGGCAGGCGUUCGGCCUGGUCUGCUACAUGGUCUACACCGGCAGGAACGACUGGGCCAAGUUCUAUGGCUACAAAACGGAGGAGGAUCUGGCCUUGUCCCCAGCCCAGCAGUUCGCCAGGCACCUGAAUGUCGAGGGAACUGGCAAAAUCAUCCGCUUGUCCGGCUUCAAGAAGGUGGAGGAGAUUCCAUUUGACGCCAAGGAGGCGAAACGAGUGAAGGAGUAGCUGGAAGGCUGAUUUAGCUUAUAGUUUAAGGUCUUUUUUUUGCCAAAUGCUUUGUUAGUUACCAAUAAACUGUAUGAAUCAUA